AUGGAUCUGCGAAUGCACUCGGGACCACCGGAUAAGGUACUGCCUGCCCGUUCAGAUGUUAACGGCACCCCGCCCUCGGCUCGCCUUCUCAGGGAUAUUGUGCGAGAAUACUGCGACGAAUGGCUUGCCAUCGACGAGACUCCUGACUUUCUCGUAGGCAGGCCUAUUGCCACCACUCAUCGUUUCGGCCAUUUGGCUGGCUACGGUGGUCGCUAUUACUCCUACCUAAUGGCACGCGCUGGUGCAGGCCUCAUCUGGCAGAAGGGCUUCGCUGCUGACCCCUGGUCGACCUCCUUCGGUCGGGUAAGCGUCUUUUGCUUAAAUAAUUCCCCAGCUCUAACUGCCAAAACGGGCCUAGCCUUUGUGUGUCAAGUUAAGUCAAGUUUAUUGAAGGAAAUAUAG